CUGGGGGUAUCAAGGAUUACAAGAGGAACACGGGUGCAGGCCCGUCGAACCGGAGAGGUUCCCUACUGCAGCGGGUGCUGUCUUACCAGGACUGGAAUGCUCCCGAGAAGCGCGACACCACCGAUACCUCGACAUCGGAAAUUGCCAAGCGGCAGGAUGAGUUCUUCGCUUUUCUCGAUGGCGAGCUAGCCAAGAUAGAUUCGUUCUAUCAGAUGAAAGAACAAGAAGCGGCGGAGCGUUUGAAGGUGCUCCGAAGCCAGCUGCAUAUCAUGCGGGACCAGCGCACUCAAGAAGUGCUUGGGAAAACGAAAAACGGUGGGCUCAAGAAGGACAAUGCGCAGGCCAACGGCUUUGGCGGACUCGCCAAGAUCAAGGAUGCUUUCCCCGGGCGUCAUUUUGGGAAAAAUUCCAAGGCCCUGGCAGAGUUGGCAACGCCGGUCGGACAAGCGCAAGACCUACCGAACACCAUCACACGGCGAGAUUUCGCACGGCGGCCGGAAGAGUCCAACAACGCCGAGGUUCCUUAUCGCUCCGCCAAAAGAAAGCUUAAGCAUGCGCUUCAAGAAUUCUAUCGUGGCGUGGAGUUGUUGAAGGCAUAUGCCUAUCUGAACCGGACCGCGUUCCGGAAAAUCAACAAGAAAUAUGACAAGGUUGUCAAUGCACACCCCCCAAUGCGAUAUCUCUCUGAGAAGGUCAACAAGGCGUGGUUCGUCCAGAGUGAGGUCACGGAGCAUUUGUUGUCGGCAGCAGAGGACCUCUACGCCCGCUAUUUCGAGCGCGGAAAUCGCAAGAUUGCGGCCUCGAAGUUGCGCCAUACAGUCAACAAGGCUGGAGACUACUCGCCGAACACAUUCCGCUCUGGUCUCCUGUUGAUGGCUGGCAUCCUGUUUGCAGCCCAGGCAUUGGUUUAUGCUAGCCGUAAUCUGAAUAAUGAUGAUUCCGACGUGAAGCUUAAUACGAGCUACUUGCUCCAGGUUAGUCUCGCAUACCCGCUCACGGGCGCUUGAGCCUCUAACUUCAAUAGAUAUACGGUGGUUAUUUCCUCAUCGUUCUGCAUUUUCUCCUAUUCUGCUUGGACUGCAUGGUCUGGACGAAGGCCAAGAUAAACUACGUCUUCGUUUUCGAGUUCGACACCAGACACGCAUUAGACUGGCGGCAGUUAACUGAGGU